AUGAGUGAUCUGGAAUCGGAUGAUGAAAUCGACAGCGAAUUAGCGAGUGGAUUUGAAUAUUCCAUCGAUUUGGGUAGUAUGAAGCAAGGCGCUGAAGCAAAAAUUACCGAAUGCAUUUAUCUUGGUCGAAAGGCGAUCAUGAAAGAAAGGUUUUCAAAAAGCUAUAGACAUCCUGUUAUGGACACAAGAUUGAAUAAAGCUAGAACAAAAAGUGAACUUAAAGGAAUCGUACGAGCCAAAGAGCUCGCCGUUUCAACACCUGCAAUUUAUUUCGUUAAUAGUGAAAAGAAUAUCAUUAUUAUGGAGAGAAUUGUUGGGCCGACAGCGAAAAAUUGGAUUGAAAGUCAACGCGAGAACAAAGAGCAAUUCAACGAGAUUUUGUACAGUUUUGGAAAAAAUUUGGGAAAUGCGAUUGGACGAUUGCACAACGGCGGAAUGGUUCAUGGGGAUUUGACCACUUCGAAUGUGAUCGUUCGAAACUCCGAUCCAAAAGAUCUUGUAUUCAUCGAUUUUGGACUUUGUUCUCAAGGAAAGGUUACGCCAGAGGAAAAAGCUGUGGAUCUUUAUGUUCUCGAACGAGCCAUUUCGAGUACUCACAUCGAUUCUGAAAAGUUUUUUGAGGGAGUAUUGGAAGGUUACAAAGAGCCAAGUCAGAAACAAGCAAUUUCUGUUAACAAAAAGCUUGAUGAAGUCCGUCUGAGAGGCCGCAAACGAGAUAUGACUGGUUAA